AUGACGCGGUGGUUGGCCUUGGGCUGCGUGCUCAUCUGCACGCUCGUCGCCGAGGCCUGGGCCAAGCGCAAGCUCAAGGAGCAGGAGAUCAUCCAGCGCGUUCUCAAGGACUACGACUGGCGAGUACGGCCCAGGGGUCUCAACACUUCUUGGCCUGGUUCGUUUUCCAUUCACCAACUUUUGCAGCAAACUUCUAUUUCGAAUGGCUUCCUAACUUGGCUUUUAAAGCGCUGAUUCCUAGUUUUCAGCGUUGAGAACGUGUUUUUUUCAAAAUCCAUUCUGUAGUCCAAUCACCGAUGACUUACUAGAGAAUGUUCUCAGCUCACAGUGGGAUUUCUGAAUAAGACUAGGUUCCAUAGAUGUAGUUUUCUACGUUAAAUUCGAAUCUGUGCUCAAAAGUUGCCUCGAGGCCUUUGUGGCUCUCAAAGUUGAAGGUGUAUCCGACUGAGCUCAUUUCUGAAGUUAGACGAGUCUUUAUGAGCACAGAAGUUAAUAACCUCUGGUCAAGUCAGAUAUUGAAAUCAAAAACGACUUUUUUUAAAAUGAAUUCUUUUUCCUUUCAAUGAUCUAUGCCAUGGAAUUUGAGCCUUCUUAGUUUCGUUAUGUUUGUUUGAAAGAGCUUUGUUUACUCUCUAAGCUUUUUACCUUGUCUGAACCCCGAAAACCUUCAAAAUCGUUUUGAGAAAUUCAAGAAGCUCAAUGAAAAAAACUUGAUUUUUUUAUUCCAUAGUCAUGAAAUGAUCUGUGAUAGCCAAAUUUUUAAACAUUUUAAAAAAAUUGAGUAGAGAAAAAUUUUUUUCCACAAUUUUUUUAAACGAUUUCGAGGUCGAAAAACGUUCAGAAUAGCUUUUUAAAGACUUUCCUAAUAAGUUCGCAAAAUGAAAAACCUACAUGAUACUGAAAAUGCUUCUGUUACAAUAAUCAAAAAUUAAAAAAAAAAGUGCUUUUGAUUUUUAAAUAUUGUUUCUCUGUUUGAAAUCUGAAAUUAACCUAUUACAGACACGGGCGGUCCAGUUUUAGUGACAGUGAACAUAUACCUGCGUUCCAUUUCGAAGAUUGAUGACGUCAACAUGGAGUACAGUUCGCAGUUCACGUUCCGCGAAGAAUGGGUAGACGCGCGGCUCGCCUACGGGCGGUACGAGGACGACGACACCGAGGUACUGAAAUUUCUUUAGUUAUUUACUGUUGAUCCUAAUGAUAUUUUAUUCUUUCCAUCUCAAAAAACAAAAAAUCUAUAGGAAGUUUGUUUAUGGCUCUUGUGAGCCUCCUUUUUUUUUGCUACAAAUUCUUUUAAAACCUUUUUUUUAUUUUUUUAUCUUUAGUUUCUUCAUCCUACGAUUAACGCUGGCUACUGUAGCUUAGAAAAGAAAAAGAUAUAAUUCCUGGACCUUCUUCAUUUUAAACUGUUGUUCGUUUCUUUCUCAUUCAUAUUCCUCUGAUUACUUUACCCCAAAAAUUUAAUCUGAAAUUUUUAUUUUUAAAAUGCGUUUGAGAGGAACUCGCGAAAAUAAAAAAUAAAAAAAACGGAAAGAUUAAUAAGAAGAAAAAAUUUUUACUUCCGAUGCAUGUCGUGAAAUUAAGGAGCUAAUGUCUUGAAAGCCUAGAGAGAUUUACCAGCUUUGAAUGACGCAUUCAAUCAAAAUUUUGCCUUGAAAGAUUUCUCCUCGCUGACUAAACUGAAAUUAACGACGCUAAAAAGUUUCUUGUUAUAAUUUCACCCUAAUGACUCCCACAUGGACUAUUUUUCUCUCUUUUUUUUCCCAACACAUUUCCGGCUUUCAGGUUCCGCCAUUUGUUGUUCUCGCCACGUCGGAAAAAUGCCGAUCAAAGCCAACAAAUUUGGAUGCCCGACACGUUUUUUUCCAGAAUGAAAAAGUAAUUAAAGUUUUGAUAAUAUUAUUUAAUUCAUCAAUUUGUUUUUCAGAGAAGCUCGACGGCAUCUCAUCGACAAACCCAACGUUUUUAAUACGUAUCCACAAAGAUGGGUCGAUUCUCUAUAGCGUUAGGUUUGUUUUAAAUGUUCCUUCUAUUUAAAGCUAAUUUUUCGUCUAAUUUUUUCAGAUUAUCUUUGGUUCUUUCUUGUCCAAUGUCCUUGGAGUUCUACCCACUCGAUCGGCAGAACUGCCUGAUAGACUUGGCUUCCUGUAAGUCUUUUAUCUUAUCCCUUUCUAUUUUUCCUUUUUUUCUUCUUUCAUGUUCUUGAUUUUUUUUAAGCUACAGUUUUAAUAAAAGAAAUUUUCCAAUAUGAAUUGGGAGUUAUAUAACUAAGUAUGACUCACAAAUUUACUUUCAAAGUUUUCCACAAUCGUUUUGAGAGCAUCUCAUCUUUUUGUUUCGAAUUUCUCGGUCUUACUUUAUUUUUUAAUUACUCACUCUCUAUUUCUGUAACAAAACUAUUUUUAUUAUAAUUAAAUAUCUGUUCAUUUUUUUCCAUCAACUGUUUAAAAAAAUUUUUCCAUAUCCACUUUGAAGGAUUAUGUCCAAAACAUUAUUUUGAGAAGGUAUUGAAAACUAGACAUUGAAUAAUAAUUUUUUUAUUAUGUACUUGUGAUGAAACGGAAACAUAAAAAAAGUUUAAAUAGAAAGGAGAACUCGUUUAAUUCAUUUUUUAUAUUAAUUUAUUCAUAACGAUAAGACCUUGUGUACAGAGGCUAUUUUUGGCGGUAAAAUAAAGUUGAAAGUUGCUAUACUGCCAGUACUUCUGUCCGAUUUUUAGUAGAUAAUUGAAAUCGCGAAAAAAGCUCUUUGAGUUGCUUUUUCGUCUUUAUUUAUGCUCUUUUCUUAUACGUCACAUUUCCUUUUUUUUUUCUUUUUUCAUCUCAAGGAAACUCCCGAUUUCAGACGCCUACACGACGCAAGACAUCAAGUACGAGUGGAAGUCGACGAAUCCGGUCCAGCAGAAGGAGGGACUGUGGCAGUCUUUACCUUCCUUCGAGCUGCAGGACGUCCUCACGGACUACUGCACUUCAAAAACAAACACAGGUCCGCCACCGGUUGUGUCUUUUGUCCACGUCGUGUCCAUUCUUUCUUAAUUGUUCACUCGAGAAAUGAACUAAUCGUGUCCCAGGUGAAUAUUCAUGUCUGCGUACACGCAUGGUACUCCGUCGUGAGUUCAGCUACUAUCUGUUGCAGGUGUGUACUGCUUUCUGACGCUUUUCUUGUCCUUCUUAUGGUUACUGUUUCUGUUCUCGUCCGUCAGCGGAAGCAUAGACUAGAAUUCACAGUCUGGCUCGCAACGCCGUGAUAGCAAGACUGUCGGAGUAAAAUUUAAAAGCCGUGAAAAUGUUUUUGACCGGAAAUAAGCAUUUAAAAGAAGUUUGAGAGGACUUCGCUCUCAUAUUACCUUUUUUUGAAUAAUAUCAUUUUUCUUCCUUUUUUUAAUUCCUACUUUCUUGUUGCUCAUAAUUUUUACGAGAAGACAAGCUUUUUUAGGAAGUGUGGAUGAAAUUAACUGGAAAACGUGACAAAGGCGUUUAAAAUGAAUAAAAGGAGCAUAGCUGACAUCACGAUCCGCUUCUUUUUUUAAUUUAAAAACUUUUACAUCAUGCUAAAAAUUUUGCAGCCUUUGAAUUUGUCGACUUUUUUCUUGCAACUGCGUUUCAAUUAGAGCCAAACCAACGUUUUUUCUUCGCUUUUACUUAUAUCAGUCCCUCUUUCUGUUAUUUUACAACGGAACUGUCUGUUUCAGCUGUACAUUCCGUCCUUUAUGCUCGUCAUCGUGUCCUGGGUGUCGUUUUGGCUUGAUAAAGACUCGGUGCCGGCCAGAGUCACACUUGGUAUGGCUUUACUAGCCCAACUUUGAUGGUUUUUUGGGAGGAGAACUUCAAUAAUUCAAGCUUUUCACAGAAUAAAUUAGCGAGUGUCUGAAAACAGAGCUUUGAAAAAUGAACCGUAGAAAAAUGAGCCUAAAAACAAGCUUUUCCUAGGAUAACUUAGUUGGGUACCUCAAAACAGCAUGGCAAAAUAAGCAAAGAGAAACGAGACAGACUAAUAAGUAUAAAAUAAAUCAAAACCUGUGUAUGCAUGUGUGCUCUAAAGGCAAAAUCCGCUAUUUUCUGUGUUGGCUGUUAUUAUACCAAAACCAAAAAAAAAGUUGUCAAAAAGACUCUAUUUCACAAGAAAUAUCGGAAACUCUUCAAAAAAUGACAUUAAGCUAUCUUGAAUAAACUAUUGUCUGGAUUUUUUCGAUAGUGUUACUUUUCUGAGCCACCAAAGCCCAUGAAAAAAAAAACCAUUUUUCCGAUUUGUUAUCAAUUUUUUUUGUUAGUGUGACUGCUUGAUAAAACUGUUUAAAAACUUCCGAAAAGCCAUCAAAUCAUUUGGACGACCCCCUCUGAGUGCAAGGAACCUCUGUUUUCAGGAGUGACGACGUUGCUGACGAUGACGACGCAGGCAAGAGCUCCUUUCUUUCUUUUUCUUUCCGUGUUGUGUGCGUUUGAGUAACCUCGUUUUCAGAGUUCGGGCAUCAACGCAAAGCUUCCGCCAGUCAGUUAUACCAAGGCGAGGAUUGAGAAUUGAGAAGAGGACGGUUCUGAAACCGGCCAUUUGCAGGCGAUCGACGUUUGGAUCGGCGUCUGCUUGGCUUUCAUCUUUGGCGCCUUGCUUGAGUUUGCCCUUGUUAACUACGCAGCGCGCAAGGACAUGACGCAAGUCUCUCAGAGGAUUGUCCGUCCUUCUGGAGUCCCACAAAUGACGUCAUGAUUGCGCAGAUGAAGCAAGUGCCGCACGACGGCUACCGAGCCAUGCCGCCAGGCCAGACGCGGACUUCCUUCUGCUGCAAAAUAUUCGUUCGACGAUAUAAAGAGCGAUCAAAACGGAUCGAUGUCGUCUCUCGGCUGGUGUGUCUUCGUUUUGACUCAAGGAGCGUUGGCUGAAGGGUUUCAAAGCUAUUCUGAUUCCUAAUUCUCUUUUUUUUUCUGUCCUACAGCCAUUUUUUGAAUUUUGAGAGCAUUUUUUGACCUUUUACCACCAGCCAACGUCUCCGAGCCGUCUUUCUUUUUUUCUCGAAAACUUCUGGUUCUAUGUCCUUUCUGCUUGCAGGUGUUCCCCAUUGGCUAUGCUUGCUUCAAUGGUUCGUUUAUUGUUCCUUUUCUCAGUUGACUUCUAACAAACGACAGAAAAAAAAGACUAGAACUAUAUUUUUGUUUUGGCAGUUAUGUACUGGGCCGUCUACCUCAUGUGAUACAACUACCUCCGUUUUAUCCGUCCGUUCUUUUUCCAACCGAUGUGUUAUCCAACGUUGAAGUGCCUUAUCUUCCGUAUCUUUAUAGGUGAAUACAGCUGUGCACGGGUUAUCUUGUUGCUCCGCAGGGAGUAUAGGUUCGUUUUUUAUUUUAGUUUUUAUUUGCAUUAAAUGUUUUAAAUUUCAGUUAUUAUUUAAUUCAACUCUACAUACCAUGUAUUAUGUUAGUCGUCGUUUCUUGGGUCUCGUUUUGGUUGGACAAAGUGAGUUUGUUAUACCGGUAAAACAGUCAGUAUAGAAAUACUUCGAAGAAACAAAACAAAAAAGACGAAUUUCUAAAAAUUCUCAAGAAAAAGAGUCGUUUUAAGGUUUAGUAUUUAACUCCACACUUCUGAAACUGUAUUCUUCCUGCGGUUUUCAUGAAUUUAAGUCGAUUCAAUGUCUUUUUAAAUAAGCUCUCUGUAUUAACCACCAAUUCACUCUUAAUUCAAUGAAUCUAGGUCCUCCAUUAGAACUCUAAAAAAGACACUGCAAUCCCAAUACCUACACCCAACAUAAUUGCCGAUAUCGCAGCGGGCCGCACGCGAUAUAGCCAAGGCUUCUCGCUGCGACCUCGUCAAAGUCUCGCUGCCAUAUCGCUCCCUCUUAAAAAUUUGAAAUUUGAAAAACAUUUUUUUUGCUUUAUUUUUGACUUUUAUGAUGAAAUCAAUCAAAUUCAAUAAAAAAACAUUUUUUUGAAGAAAAAAAUUUUUUUCAGAGAGCGAUAUAGAGCAAGACGUUUGCGAGGUCGCAGCGAGAGGCGAGCGAUAUCGCUCGCGGCUCCCCCGCGGUAUAGCGUUACUCUCGCUGCGAUAUAGUCCACAAAAUUGGGUGUAAUGAGAACCACUUCGCCCAUACAAAAGCGCACAGAGCUAGAUUAAUAAGAGCUGAAAAUAGGAAAAUCAAGCUCUAUAAGCGCGUGACGAAGCCGAAAACUAAUUUGUCAGUAGGAAUACAAACUUUCGAGACAAUAUCAAUUGGUUCAAAUUGCUAGAUUCAAAAUCGAUGAAGAUCCGCGUUUUUAGAAUUAUUCAAACUUGAUGAUAGUGAAGUGAAAUUACCAGGACGCGGUACCGGCACGGGUGUCGCUUGGAGUUACAACGCUUCUGACAAUGACAACUCAGGCCAGCGGUAUCAACUCGAAACUUCCACCAGUCUCUUACAUCAAGGUACGGUUCAACAUUAAAUUUUCUUAUUUUAUCUUAAUUUAGUUAGAACGAAAAGUUUGGCAAAACACAUCCUGAGAUAGCUCAAUCUUCCGUUUGAAAAAAAGAGUAAAAAGUCCAAUUUCAAGUUUGAAGAUCUUUGAAACGUUCUGACAUGAUAAAUCUAUGUCGCUUUUGAAAUUGUUUUGCGCAAAACGAAAAAGCUCCACAAAAGCUUCUUUCAAAAAAGUCUGAGGAUCCCUAACAAAUAUUUUCCAUUUCAUUUUCGCAUCUUUCCACAUCCUUUCAUAAAAAAAUACUGAACAGCAACUAAAAAGAAGAUUUCGAGGCUAUGAAAAAGAAGCUAAAAACUUUUUUUUCGUCAUUUUAGGAGCUUUUAGCAAAACCUUUUCAGCUCCUUUGGAGGGUCAAUGGAAAUUUUCUGUUUUACCUAUUUUUUCGAGUUUCGAGGGUUUUCAAGGUGCUUUUCCAUAUUUUAUAAUAAAGUUUCGGGACUGUUUCGAAGCAUUUCCAGGGUUUUAUUUUAAGCUAUUCGCUCUAAAACUUAAACCAAAACUUUUUCACGAUCAAAAUAUAGUAGUGUCGAAAUUUUUAUAGACUUCUCUAUCUACAUGAAUCAGUUAAUAAUUUUGAAAUAGUCCAUUUUCUUUUUUUAUUCAAUAUGGUUAUUUGUUUUUCUUUUCUGUUUCUCAUAGAGUCAUUUUUCAAGGUCCAUAUUGAACCACAAAAACUUUUGAAAAAUCAAGAUAUUUUUUUCGAGUUUCUCUGGUGCGAGAUCCGAUUCACUGGAAAACUAAGAUACUUUUUUCUAGAAUUAUAGGCUCAAAAAAAGAGUUGCGCUCGUCUAAAGUGUGAAGUUUUCAUUAAACAUACUUAUUGGAAAAGUUCAGAAUUCACAAUUUUGACUUGACAUAUAGUCUCUUCAAUUUUUAAUAUCAAGUCAUCGCUCAAGCUCCGCCCCUAAUCCCGCGAUAAAUCAAUUGAAGAUGCUCUUCAAAUAGCGUUUGUGAAUGAUGUCAUUGUACUUGACAUUCAAAAUCUGAACAGAUUAUACAAAAGCAAACCAGUUUGCAGGCCGUCGAUGUCUGGAUCGGCGUGUGUCUGGCGUUCAUUUUUGGCGCCUUGCUGGAGUACGCCGUUGUGAACUACUACGGCCGGAAAGAAUUCCUAAGAAAAGUUUGACUCAUCACAAAAGCGUGCAAAGGGUUCGAACUUUUGCAGGAAAAGAAGAAAAAGACGCGGAUCGACGACUGCGUCUGUCCUUCGGACCGGCAGCCCUUAAGAUUGGACCUUUCGGCCUACCGCGUCCGACGAAUACCAAUCAUUACGAGGUUCUUUGGAAGUUAUCAACUAAGCUGUUUAACGACCGAUUUCUACUGAAAUCAGUCAUCUUUUUCUUCUGCUUCAGCUCUAUUUUUAGAGUAUUUUUGGUUUACAACAUAUUGAAAAAUUUGCAAAAUGAACCAAAAUAGUCACUUAAACUUAUCAGUACUGAAAAAGAGGGGUUUUUUGGUAAAUAUUUUUUUUUCUGGAGUUUGAUCAAGUUUUUUAAAUUUAAAAUGUACUGAAAAUGUAGCUGAAUCUAAAAUUAGAUAUAGGAGUAAGAAAAUUUCCGCAUUCCAUGUAGGGACCGGUUGAACUUUUGUUCUGAUUGGCAAGUCUGACCGUUUUUUUUGUUUCUUGAAAGUUCAAAUUACGGAUAAAAGGAACUUUUUCAAGACUUUAAUCUUGUUUUCAAGCCUAAAAGUUAUUCCAAGCUUCAGAAGAAUUUCCUGAUUACUUUUGAUAUUUUUUUGGAAACAUGUAAAAUAUUAAAAGAAAAUUUUCAGCCAACUCAGGCUUUAUUCGCUUCAAAAAAGUUUUCCUUUCAGGAUCAGAGAAUUAUUAGCGACAAAUGUGGACAUCUCGCGGAGAGUCGAUCUCAUGUCCCGACUAACCUUCCCAACAUCUUUCACAGCUUUUUUAAGUCCGGCUCGGAGUUUUAUACAGUUCAAUCAACAAGUUUUCAGUAUUUUACUACGUGGCAUACGUGAAGCAAAGCAGGGACUGA